UGGCUCUAAAAAUCUGUCUACAUGUAUUACUUUUCUUCAUGGGCACAGCUUUGUACGUUUGACAUUUCCUCAUUCAUGAUGGACAUGGAUGUCUCUCCUCCAAAUUACAACAGCAAUGGCAAACCAACCUGCACCCAGAUCUUCCUAGCCUCUUCCAUCGGCCUCAUCAUCGCUGCCGCAAUGCAUUACCAUCUCAAGAAGCUAAGAGAUCAAAAGAUCCUUCCGAGGAUUAAAGUCUCCGGUAACAGCCCCGUCCGGAAGGUCGAGAGGUUCUCCCAUUAUGUAGCAAGGCAAAUGGGAUUUGCAGACAGAAGAGCAUGUCCACAUCUCUGCAAGUUAGCUUCUGAAUACAUCAGGAAAUCUGAAGAUUGUGAAGACAACAUAUAUUCGUUCUUUGCAGAUGAUCCAGAUGUGGAUUCUUUGUAUAUAAAGCUAGUGGAGGAGUUUGAGAGGUGCAUUCUUAGCUACUUUGCAUUUCAUUGGAACCAAGCACAUCAUAUGAUUAGUCAGGUGUUGGCGGCUGAUUCAGAGCCAAAAAAGAAGCUCAAGCACUAUGUCAUGGCAGCAACUAGGGAACAGAGAUUUCAAAGGGUAACGAAGAACCUGAAGGUGGCAAGAGUAUUCAAUACGUUGGUGGAGGAACUGAAAGCCAUUGGAAUCACACCGGUCGAUGAUUCAGAAUGUACGGACGUGAUGGCUCCUGUGGACCACAAAGAUAGGAGUCCGGUCCUCCUGCUCAUGGGUGGUGGGAUGGGAGCUGGGAAGAGUACUGUACUCAAGGACAUUCUCAAAGAACCAUUCUGGGCAGGAGCUGCAGGGAAUGCGGUGGUCAUAGAAGCAGAUGCAUUCAAAGAGUCGGAUGUCAUUUACAAAGCCCUCAACUCCGGGGAUCAUCAUGACAUGCUACAAACAGCUGAACUGGUGCACCAAUCAUCUACCGAUGCAGCAUCAUCCCUCCUGGUAACAGCACUCAAUGAAGGGAGGGAUGUGAUCAUGGAUGGUACACUCUCUUGGGUUCCUUUUGUUGUGCAGACAAUAACCAUGGCUAGGAAUGUUCACCGUCGCCGUUACCGCAUGGGGGCUGGUUACAAGGUGGGAGAAGAUGGAGUUGUAACUGAAAACUACUGGGAACAGAUUGAAGAAGAAAGAGAACAAGAUGAAACUAAGAAGCGAAGACCAUACCGGAUAGAGUUGGUUGGAGUUGUAUGUGAUGCUUAUCUAGCUGUUAUUCGAGGCAUAAGGAGAGCUAUCAUGUGCAGAAGAGCUGUGAGGGUGAAAUCACAGUUAAAAUCACACAAGAGAUUUGCAGAUGCAUUUACAACAUACUGCCAACAAGUAGACAAUGCUAGGCUAUACUGCACCAAUGCUUUGGGUGGCCCACCUAAGUUGAUAGGAUGGAAAGACAGAGAGAGGACUUUGCUGGUUGAUCCAGAUGAGAUAGACUGUUUGAAGAGGGUAGGCAGGUUGAAUGAUGAAGCAAACUCCAUAUAUGAACUUUACAAGCGCCCAAACCCAGCUUAUCAAGCUGGAUCAGUUUGGAAAGACAUUGUGCUGUCACCUUCAAGGUUGAACAUUCAACAAGAGCUGAAGUAUUCCAUCCAGAGAGUUGAAAGAUUGAAACGAUAAAUCUACACUGCAGGACCAAUACAAUUUCAAACUGCUACGGUGCAUGUCCCAGAAGAUUGAAGGUGACACGGAUUCAGAUUUUCUGCAAGUAUCAUGAUCAGAACAUAUAUUGUAUGUGGGAUGUAUUGAAACAUUAUAGUUUACAACUAGAAUUCAUUUUAUCUUCAAACUUCAGAUUAGAAAAUGGAAAUUGAAUAUUGAUCUGAAAAUUCGUAUUUGUCAGAAUCUUAUGAUUCACAUUUCAUGCAUAGAUCAAUGCAAAUGUAAUGAGUGAAUCUAUUUUGGGAUAAGCUCGGUGGUGAAUCACACAAUACACAAUUCAAUUCAUGAUUCAAUUCCUGUUUAACGAUUCAAGUGAUACUUGAAAAUUUAUCGGGUCUGAUAGAUUCUGGCCUCAUUUUACGUCUCUUUUUUUUGUAAAAAGCCCAGAAUACAACUUUUACAAGUGCUUAGUUUAAAAUUAAUCAAUACCUAUGCAUGGUUUGUUAUCCAUUUGGUGAUCCAGGUGGAUCUAGUAGGACCUGACAAGUUUUUAAUCCUUUUUUUCUCACUUUUUUUUCCUGAGAAAAAAAUGUCAAAAUAUAUCUUCUAAGGAUGUUUAAAGCUAAAAUAACUUGCACUAAAGAAAUAUCUAUUAUUAUUUUGGUGAAAUAAAUAUGAUUUUAAUGUGAUAUAGGUUAGGUUAGUCAAACAAACGCAACAAUUUCACAACAGAUUCCCCCCAGCCUGAAACAUGAAUCUAGAUAUAUCUCCUAACUUCAUUGAAAGGAAAGUAAAAUUUUCAGCUAGCAAAUUCACCUACAUUGUUCAACUUCAACUAGUAUUUAGUCGCAUUCUAAAAGAAACACUAGGGACCAAUGCCCUAUGUAUGCAGAUUCAGAGCUAUGGCAUCUCUCAGUAAGGAAAGUCUUUAUAGAGAUAAGAAGGUUUGGAAACUCAUCAAUGUUUUUCCUCCAUUGCCUUUUACUUAAUAACCCAAUGGAGCCUUGUACCAAUUUUUCUAGGUAAAGAUUAAUUACAUAAUCUAACAAGAAGAGAGAGAGAGAGAGAGAGAGAGAGAGAUCGCCUUACUAGCUCAUGGAUCUAUCCAAUUAGAACUUUCAUCUGCCUCCAAGCUUUAAUCAUAAGAACUAUUAGGAAUAUCACACAUAACAAGCAACUGUAGCACUCCAUUGCAAAAUCAGUAACUCAUUUUGAAAUAAUUCCUAAUAAUGAGCAUAUAUGCUAGUGUAGACAUCACAACUAUCAAGAUGCAAGCAUUAUUUGUGUUCUGUCUUUCAAUCCCCACAAUAUUUUACAAGUACGAAUAGCCCAUAUUGGAAAAGCUUAAUAACAAGUAAAAGUCUCAUAAGCUAACCGAAAAUAAUAUAUGCAUGGCAGAGAGAAAUGAAGCAUACCAAAAGAAUCAAAAAUAUUUUGUCAAUCAUUAAAUAAUCACAUAAGACCUAUUAGAAAAUUUGAAAGCAAUGUCCAUAAACUGAUAUCUGAUGAGUUUAAAAAGAGAAUGUAGAAGAAAUGACUCCGCACUUCCUGAAAUAUGUAACAAAAGUCAACUAUUACAGUUGUUUCUAUAAUGGAAAGGCAACACCAAUUUUUUAAGUCAUAAUGGAUAGCACACUGAAAUUUGAACCAGCAGCAGAGGUAUUUUACAUGGUGCUUGAUUCAUGAUUACUCUAGAAAGCUAAGUAAACAAAUGGCAUGAGCAACAGAAGCAGGACUCAGAAAAAGUAGUCCAAAAAAAGAAGACAAAAAGACAAAAAAGAAAAAGAAAAAAAAUGAGGGUCGAUGGGAAAAGUGAAAGGAAAAACAUACAGACUUCGUGCUUCAAUUUGUCAGCAGGGAACUACAAUAAUUAUAUUUUGGGUUUCGCUCAUAAGUUUAAGCUUCCCCUGAAAUAUACCAAACACAUAACUGGUAAAAAUAUGCAGGAAACAGGAUCCUAAUGAUCUUGCACUCCCAUGGGAAAGUGCAAAUUCAAUGAAUUUACAUGCAGAUGACCUCCUUUGGAAUGAUAGAAUGAAGCACAUUGUCAUAUCCCUACCAAGUGGACGGACGAUAAGUCGAUUUCACAGUUUCAAAAUUGGCGCAUCUAGUUAAAACUAAAAAUCUGAAAGAUGAAUCUAAACAUAUCUCCCAACUUCAUCCUCAGGGAAGUUAAUUUUUUGCACCUACCAUGUUCAACUUCAGCUGUCGAGUAGUAAUUGGCCACAUAAAAAAGAGAUAACCCCAAAGAUUGGUUAUUCCUCACUAACAACCAAUGCCCGGAUAACUUCCGAGCUAUAACAUCUCUCAAUAAGGUAUUUAUGGAGAUAAGAGGAAGGUUUGGAAACUCAUCAAUGUUUUUCCUCCAUUGCCAUUUAGAUGUAGUGAAAACACCAUAUCAUAAUAGAACCCCCAACUUCAUUCUCCAACACUCAGCCUCAACAAAUGUAAAUAAUACAGAACUAAGAAGUUUAGAAAUAUCAUUUAUAAAAAUAAAAAAAAAAAUAUAUAUAUAUAUAUAUAUUAAAAAAGAAGUUUAGAAAUAUCAACCAUAGAAGUUGGAUUCAUCACAAACAAAUAAAUAGUCAUACAAUAAAUAGUUCAUAAGAUAGUUCUAGUAAAAAACUGCACAUGUUCCCCUACAUUGAAAAUUUUCAAAAACUAGUCCUUGUCUAUCCAGCUGCGCCAGUGACUAUACUUAAAUGGCCAUAGGAAGAUGGGAAACAAAAGCAUGUUCCGUAUAGAGCUCCCUGGAGAAAACUCAAUCUCAGCUCAUUCAACCCUUGACAAAUAAAUGUUUAAAUCAUUCUUCUACAUCAGCAUCACACCUCUUGCAAAUACACCAAAUCUGCAAUAUAUUACUACCAGCAUAAUUGGAAUUUAGAACAUUGUUACAGCAAACCCAAUUAAGAUAGUUCUGAAAGUUUUAGACAAGCACAGGAGAAGAUGCAAACUGUGCAAACUUUCAAUAGAACUUAAUCCAAGUUCUCUGCCAUCUCCUGAUGUGGAAAUCUUCGAUUGAUCAUCAAUGAUUUCUUGAAAAUAGUAAACACUAGUAUCCUGGUAUUGCUUCAAAUCUGCAAAAUGCUCAUCUUAAACCAGCAACUAACACUUGUACCCAUUCAGAUCAAGUUAUUUGGAUGUGAAAAGCUAGUAAAAAAUCUGUAAACAAAUCAGCAGACCAUAUAAAAGAUUCCAAGCCCAACUAAACCAUUGUUUCAGCCAUAUUUCAUCCUCAGUAAAUCCGUGGACAAGUUUAACAAAAAUGAUGAGCACACAAAUACCAUGAACUCAUAAAACAUGAGCAUUUCCAUGAUCCAUGACCCAAGCAAACUUACUACAGUAGUGUAUGUAACUAGGUAUGCAUGUAUACAGUUCACAGAUAUCCCACGGAGUUCUUAAUAUAUUAGGUUAUUUAUUUGGCAUAAAACGGUUUGAAGAGCAAUUCAGUUUGAACUAUUUAUAAGGAAUAAUUUCAUUUUUAAAUAGCAAACUAAUGGUUAUUAACUAAUAAAUGUUCCCACUGAGCUACUUGGGGUGCCAUCUAUAUUUAAUAGUUUAACCUACACCUUUCAUUGAUUUCUAAAUUAUACUAACUGCCUCUUUUUUUAACAAUAUCCAGAAAAACAUUUGCCACCACUCAUAGUUGCCGAACAUUAAUGCUGUGUUUGGUUGGGGUUUUUGGGGUGGGAUUU